AUGGUUUCCGAGUUUACAGUAAUGCUUGGUCUGAUUUAUUUGGGUCGGAUCCCUGAUAUUCUAGGUCUGCGGUUUGAUGUUGUGGAUUGUGUACCUGUCACCUGUGGAUUUGCUGGGUGGUAUAUUUGUGGAUUUGGUAAUGGAGAUGAGGAUGAAGAAGAUGAGUGGGUGUUUGAUCUUUGGAAUUUGUAUUGGAUCGCUGGAGAUAGUAGAGCCGGGAGAGUGAGGAGUGAGGAGGAUGGUGUUGAUGGUGAUGGUGGUGUUGCUGUGAGGAAAAAUCCGGCUGUGAAAUUACAUGAUUUUCUAAAUGGGUUGUGGAGGGGUAGGGAUUUGACUAUGGAGGGAGGUGUGGGGGAAUCUUUGCGGACUGAGCGGGCUUUGGAUGCGAGUCCGAAGAUGAGGGGGCUGGACGCUGUGAGGGGGAAGUGGAUGGGAAAAUGGGUGGAGUUUGUGGGAGAGGGGGGAGGGAGACGGAAGAGAAGAGGGCAGUCACGGUAUGAAUUUGAUAGGAAAGAACAGGGACAAGAAUUUACUGAGGCGUAUCUGAUGAUAAUUACGUCGAUUGUUGAAAAACUGGAGAUUCCAUGUCAAAUAACACACUAUGCGGUAUCGAUUGUUUUGCCUGCAGAUUUUCAUUUUGGUAGAAGUUAUAUAUACGAGAAUAACCUUCCAAGUAGUUUAAUAUACAAUACUGCAUCUACAAGUGGAUGGUGA